AUGCACUACUCUUAUGGAAUGUACUUGUUAAUCUCUCUAUUCAAAUAUCCCUAUGUGAUCACUUUGGAAGACGAUUUGCAACCCAGUCCUGAUUUUUAUCUGUAUCAUAAAACUCUCUACAGAGAUGUUUACGUGAAUAAUAUCUUCAACAAUAAGGAGUCAAUAUUUUCCAUAGGAGCCUAUACACAUGGACCAAUCGUAGAUUGUAAAUUCCUCAUGGCUCGAUUGCUCAAUGAAGGUACUAUUUGCAGUUUGAAACACAUGAAUCAAUUGGUCACAGAAUUGUAUUUUCCAGGAUGGGGCUCUGGGAUUGAGAGUUCCAUAUUUUGGGAAUAUUGGAGUAUUUGGAAAAACCAUCCUCACAUCAUUUAUGAUGGUCUGCUUGCAAUCUUAAAGAGAAAUCGUUUUACUCUCAUUCCAUGUUCACCCAGAAUUCGAUUGUUGAGAAAUAUGGGUACCAAUGGUCCAGCAAAUCAUCGAUGGGAUUUUUAUCUGAGCUUGUUUGGAAGAUGGACCAAUGCUACUGUGGAACGACACUAUGAAAUUAUCAACUCUAAAAUUCAAUGA